ACAUGAAUUGCUUCGGAUAGGAGAAGUCUUCAGUCAGAUAAUAAAAGUAUUUUUUAAAUUAAAUUUAAGACAAUUUAAGUCCAUAUUUAGCUAUUAAACUGCUAACUAGCUGCCAAACAUAUCACUAUUUGAAAUAACUGACGCUACAUCCUGCGUUUGAGGCAGCAAAAUAAAAGUCUUAAAGGAGAUAACGGUAUACAUAAAUACAUUACGGGGCCUUUUCUUGUGCCGCCCGUUAUUACUUCGCUGAGAGGCAGCCGUUAUGGCCAGACCGACGCUGUAAACCAGUCGUAAAUACAGCUAGCUUGACAGAGGAAGCACCCAGCAUGGCAGGAGGAUAAACAGUCGACAACAUACGCAAGCAGGUGCUUGCACUUGCGUCGUCUUUAUGUGCUCAGCCGGUCGGUGUCAACGAACCGUAAUCUGGCUAAAGAGCAAGCGACGGUUAGCGGUCGAAGCCAUGGCAAGGUCUGUUGACUGUUGUUGGUCACUGAGCUUUUUAUAGCUAGCUAACUCCUACUGGGCCGUUAACCUUCUGUUGGACCACCGUGAGACAGCGCGCGACCUUGGGGGACGUUGUCAUGGAUUUGACGCGGUUGGCGGUGGAUGCUGGUCAGUUCAUCAACCGGGCUGUUCAGUACACGGGGGAGACUAUUGGCCAGGCGGAAAAGACGGAGUUUGACCCCGGUCUAGAGGAGCUCCUGGCCCGGGCAGACGCCACCAAGACCUGCACGGACAAGAUAAUCUCCCAGACUGAGGUUUUACUGCAGCCUAACCUAGGAGCACGGUUAGAGGACCGGCUGUAUGAACAUCUGGAAUGGAGCGUCCCACUUCGGCCUCGUGCCCUUGAGGUUCUGGGAGAUCAGAUGACCCAGGCUGGGAUGGAAAUUGGGCCCAACACCCCCUAUGGAACUGCACUGCUAAGGUGUGGAGAGGUGCAGAAGCAGCUCAGUGACACAGAGAGAAAGUUUGUCCAAAGCACUAAUAUACACUUUCUCACCCCUCUGAGGAGUUUCACUGAGGGGGAAUACAGAGCCAUACAGGAUGAGCGCAGGAUGUUGCUUAACAAGCGUUUGGACUUGGACAUAGCUAAAACUAGGCUGAGAAAAGCCCACGAGGCCGACCGAGAGGCCAGAAACUUGAAUGCAAACCCACUGAAUGAUGACUAUGUGGCUCAGGUCUCCUACAUGUUCAGCUUCCUGCGUGUUAAAUGGCUAAAGAUAUGGGCUCAGGAAAUCUCUCAGGCAGAGAUGGAGCUGAGAAUCUGUCAGAGUCUGUUCGAUCGACAGUCAGAAAUGACAAGACGGGUUUUGGAAGGAAUUAGCAACACUCACAUGAACCACAUGCGGAGCCUGACUGAUUUUGUGGAGGCUCAGGCCUGUUACUUUGACCAGUGCAACCAACAUGCUCAGGAGCUUCAGAAACAGCUGGCAAGCAUUCCAGCUGUCCUCUGCUCCAAUAACUGGCAGGCAGCAAUUAGCAAUCAGCCAUCAACAAGCAACCAUGUAGCCAAUGAGCCCAUUGGGUUAAAUCAGGUCACUCCAAUCCCUGUAGUCAUCCACCAACUUCCAGACUUAGACCAGUACUCAAGGACUGUAAAUCCACCACCUGGAACUGAAAAAAUAACCACAGAUUCCUCUGUAACCACACGGCCACCAGACCAGACAAAUAACAACAAUAACAAUGAAAAUGACAGUCAAGAAAUCAGGUACCAUUCAGCGGCCAACCGAGCAGUUGAUGAUGUCUGUUUAUUAAAUUCAGACAGUCACAGAUCAAUUCAGAUCAAUUCAACAGAUCAGCUCUUAGGACCCAACAGGUCGGUCAGGACACACUUAACAACAAAUGGGACGACUGCUGAGUCUCAAGCUUCAAGCCAGACAGUGACACCCAGAGCGACAGCUGCAAUAACCAAUGGUGCAGGUAGCGCAAUGCCAACAACAUCCUCUCAACCUUCACAAUUCAGUGGAGCUGCGAACGACUCUCAGACAGAAAAUGGAGUGGCCAACGAGCCCAUGACAACCAAUGCCGUGGCUGAUGAGCCCCAAACAAGCAGUGAAACAGCCAAUGAGCAGCCCGCCAUUAAUGGAGAAGAUGUCCAGGAGGACUGACUUUAAUGGAGCUUCAGCUGAAUUAGACCAGUGGGUAAUUAACAUUGUAGAGCUGAGAGUACAAUCUGUAUUAGAAAGAUAACAGAUACACAAUCAUUAUAAUGUGGUACAGUGAAAAAAAAACUUUAAUUAAUCCCAUAGGGAAGAUGAUGUAAAGUGGUUGUUAAAGUGCUUAUUUUUCUAAACGUGAUAUAGUGCCACAAUCAUUUUAGCCUGUAGGAUGAUUCAUAUAUUAUUAAUGUUGUAUGAAAACGAUGACUGCUGAGUGUCAGUCCUGUCUUGUGGCAGUAGAGUUAAUGUUUCCUGGCCUCAGGCUGUAAGUCGAGGCCUGACUGACUGUUAUAUCUGUUGAAUAACAGUGAGUAAAUCCUUUAUUUUUACAUUUAGCAAAAUGAGAACUAACUAAUAUAACUAAUGAAAGCUAAUCAAGCUUUGUGCCAAGUGUAUGUGUGUAAAUUCAUCAAUGUGAAUACAUAUUUGUGUGUGUGUGUGUGUGUGUGUGUGUCAGUGUGUCAGUGUGUCAGUGACCACUCUAUUGCUUGUGUUUACAGUUCACCCAAGCCUGUGACACCUUAAGAAAGAAGUGUGUGUACACUUAUGUGACUCUCCACAAGUUGAGGUAAUUUUCCAAAUGAAACAUGUCACUCGUUGUGUUGGGGAGGUGACAAAACACCAGGCUGAACGGGAUCUUUAUGCUAUAGUGCGGUUAAAAAUAUUCUUCCCCGUACACACUCUGGGUGUUUCCCCCUCAUACACACUCAAAUCACACACUCACUUUUACCCUUUUACCCCCUUAAAGCCCCCUAUUAGGUGAAAUGGGUAGAAGUUUCCAUGUCCAGAUGUUGUUCAUUUUCUUCAUGAGGGCAGCCCUGCUCUACUGUGGUGUGGGUCCACUCUGGGGACCCUUGAUGGAAACACACACAUUAAUGUUGCAGUGGCCCUACUGAUGUAAUCGCCCACUAACGCUAUGCUCCAUGCUUUUACUCCCAAUACGUAAAGAUGUGUGUGGGUUUGGAUAGCUCCAGUGUUCACAUUUUCUCUGCCUGCCAGUUUUAAACUGCGCGUACAUGCAGUCAUGACUCAGUGGCAUGUUGUUUGUCGAUCUGAUGUCAGCGCGAGGCUGGAGUUUUCACUUUAUUCAUCUGAAAAUGUGGAAAUAAAUAUGCAAAAAGUGAUGUCAUGUUAAUCUGAAA